AUGAAAUAUUUCCUAAUCCCAUCAAACACCGCAAAUCUAACAUUCUCAUGCAUCGCGUUCUUCUUCCAAGGCCGAACAGUCUACAACACCCAAAGCCUGGCUGUAUUAGGCCAAGGUUGGUGCAAAAACAUCGGACCCGCAGCCUGUUUAUACGCUUAUAAUCUGGUUUUGGUGAUGUUGAGCAUUGUUAUUCUAUUGAACUUGCACACUUUGUACUAUCGCUUGGUAUCGAUUAAAUAUUUUCAAGAAAAGAAAUUGGUGGCUCGAAGUUUGAUGAUAUUUUCUCUCCAUUAUAUUUUCCCGCUGGCCGCCAUUGUAAGCUUUUCCCAUUUUCUUCAAAAGUUACCUUAAGUUCUUUAUUACUAAUAGGUAAUCGGUCGAAUUCGAAUGGGCGAUAUGUCGGAUGAGCACAUGUUUUCAGUGUACAAUGAGACGAUUUCCGAGCAUCCGGAUUAUCAUUUUGAGCCUUUUGGAAAUUUCGGAGGAUUGCGCGAUGUUCACAGUAUUUGGAAUAAGAUUAUGACCUACGCGUUUGCUGGAAUUGGAUGUUAUUCACCAAUUUCUGGAUAUUAUAUCAGAUAUCAUACGCUGAAAGUUUUGGAUACCAGGAUCACUUCGUUGUCUGAGAAAACUGUGUCGCAGUUCAGGACUGUUGUGCACGUAAGUUAUAUUUUCGGGGAAAAAAUUGAGAAAAUUUCCCACGUAGCCUAAAUUUUAGUUUGAGACAAACUUUGUUCUAGAGACUCUUGAAAACCCUUGAAAACAAUUAUAAAUUUUGGUGGAGCAAUUAGGUCGCACACUUUUUAGGGUCUAACAAUUCAAGUUGUUCUACCAUUGGCUUGUUAUAUCCCAAACGCCGUGCUCAAUAAUUACAAUCAAUAUUUUGCUGAAACUCCCCUGAUCUUCGCGCAAUACACGUUAACUAUAAUUUUCACGAUUCCCUCACUUCUCGAUCCAAUUUUCAACAUCUAUUUCAUAGUUCCCUAUCGAAAUGCGAUUCGGAAUUUAUUCAGCUAUCGAUUGGUUUUGCAGCAAAAGAAUUCGAAUCAACAAGCUUCGAGAAAUGUGACUUCCUCGAUUGCUCAUACUAAUUGA